AUGGUUUCUAACGGUGUGGUUUCUGAGCCUAACGGCAGUGACCGAAGUGGAGACAAAGAAAGGGAGGAGGAAAACCCCCAUGCCACCCCGGAGACCCAGGAUACUAUCGAUAUAGCUGCUGCCGCUGCUACUGAAUCUGCCACUGCACCCGCCAACGAGCCACCCACUGUUGAAACAGAGGGACCGACUGUUGAGACCAUCGAAGACAUCACGGAACACAAACACGAGAACACGCAUGAGGACAUCCAACCUGCCCGCCCCCAGGCCACUGCGCAAGGCAAUUGGGAAGAAAGCAGCUCGAGACGUGUCCAGCACCAUCGCAACUGUGUUGUCUCCCAAAUCGUGCACCGUCACCCACCCUACCUUCCUGAAGCUCCGAAUGUCAUGCUUGGACAAUUCUGGAUCGAUCACAUUGAUUCCAUGCUAGGCGUGCGCACCGACCUUCAGAUUGAAGACAUGCAGUGUUGCGUUGAUCUCACGGCCCGUGUUCUUAUUUUGGCCAACAACAUGCUGAGGCAGCAGAGGGAGGUUUUGGCGGAUCUGAGACGCAUCAAUAGCGAGGAAUCCCACGAUGAUUCUUCCAGCGAGCUUAGCGAGCUUACUGAUCUGGAUGAGCUUUUGAGCUACACUGAUCUUCUGUGGAUGAGCGAUUAUGAUGAGAACGAUGGUGAAGGUGAUGGGGAUGACUCUUCUGCCCAUGGUCGCUUUACUGGGGUUUAUUAG